GUGUAGUAAAAACACUUCCCCAAGCAGCCUUGGCCACAAGAAGCAGAAACAACCUUGCCCACGGGUCCCAUUUCAGGCUCUAACACCCACCAAAUCGAAGAACGGUGGCCAACUUUGGGAAUGCAGGAGAAACUUGUGCCCCUUGCCAUGACCACCCCUACGCAUCUGGCCCACUGUCUUCCCUGCUCCUGGCUGCUGAUGCUGCUCCUGGUCUUCUUUGGAGCCUCUGAGCCGAGCUAUGGGAGUAAAUGGCAGGUGCUACAGCCUGAGGGUCGUAUGCUGGUGGCAGAAGGUAACACACUCCUACUUCGGUGUACAGUGGACGGCUCCUGCACUGAUGACAUGAUUAAAUGGGUCAAGGUGAGCCAUCAGGACAAGGAGGAGAUUUAUAACUUCAAACACGGCUUCUUUCCUGGAGUCAUGCCAUUGAUCCAACGGACAUUGGAGCCACUUAAUUGUGACUAUUCCAUCUAUAUCUACAAUGUCACCAGCAGGCAUGCUGGAACCUACCACUGUGUGUGGUUUGGUAACAAGAAUGAGAACUCAGAAAAGACACUGCAGGAGGGCACCUCAGUGUUUGUGAAGGAAGCCGGGGACCCAGAGCCAGACCUCUGGAUCAUUCAGCCCCAGGAAUUGGUAUUGGCAACCAUCGGAGACAAUGUAUUCCUGAACUGCACAGUGCUUGGAGAUGGUCCCCCAGGUGCCAUCAGGUGGUUUCGGGGAACUGGUCUGAGCCGGGAGGCCAUUUACAACUUUGAAGGCAUCUCCCAUCCUAAUGUGACAGCAGUCCAGGCCUCCAGGAGGGAUUUUAGCAUUCUGCUGCAAGGCGUCUCCACUGAACAUGAGGGCACCUACUACUGUGUCAAGUUUCAUAGGAAAUUCAACAGACAAUACCUGUCUGGAAUGGGCACCAGACUGAGAGUAAAAGCAAAGCCCCCUUCUCCCCAAGAGACAGAACUCACCAAUGAACAUGUCGCCGGGAUAUUUCCAUCAGACCUCCUGUCUGUGUUCACAUCUCUGGUCCUGGGGCUGAAGGCAACAACCCUGGCUGCACUCCUGCUGGUCCUGGUUGCCUGCCAGAGGAGACCAUGGCAAGAAGACGUCAAGACUCCAGGCCCAGCAAAACUGGGCCCACAUUAGCUUGGGGCAUGGGGCAUGGAGCAUGGGGAAUAGGGCAUGGGGCAUGGGGCGUGGGUGAGGGGUCGGCCCCAGAGUGGGUCCUCUGAAUCAGAGGGAGGCCAAGGCUUCCCAACCAUUUCUCUGCCUCUGAUCUCAACCUCCAGAGGCUCCCCAGGACUCAUGCCAAACUCCGGGAUCCACAUACCUGGUUUCCACUCACCUGGUGAAGUCCUCCACUGGGCACUGACUGAACUCCCUUCUGAUGUGCCGUGCUCUCCCUUCACAGCCCCUGUAAGCCCUCCUCCUCCUCCAAGGCUUUGCCCAGCCCUCUUCUCAGGAUCCUUGUUCCUGCCACAGCCCCUUCUGGAGUGUCUGCCCCCUUCUGCCCCUCUCCACAUUUUCUCAUCCUUCAAGAUUCAACUCAGAGUCCUUUCCAGAAGGUUUUCCUACGCAUCUCUGAGCUUGCAGAGCCAGACUGGCCAGGCCCCCCCAUUUACUCCUCCUCUCCCCAUUUCCUGCCUUCUUUCCUUCCCUACUAUGGGUGGCUUGGGUAGCUGUAAUAGUUAAAUUCAGGCUGGGCAACUUUAACAAAACUCUUAAAUAACAGUGGCUUAACCCAGAAGAAAACUAGUUUAUCUUGUGAUAACCAAGCAUAAGCAGGCCAGGCAAUAGAGGACUCCUUGAUACUGAGACCUGAGAUUCCUGGAUCUUGCUACCAAGUCAUGCCAGGCAGCAAGACUAGGGAAGAAGGCAGUGAAGAGAAGUAGGACCCUCUCCUUCAAGAGCAUCGCUGAGAAUUUGCCCACAUCACCUCUGAUUGGCUGGAAUCUGGUCGCAUAGUCACACCUAGUUGCAAGGAAGACUGGGAAAUGUAGUCUUUAUUCUGGCAGCAGUGUAGCCAGCUGUCAUUUUUCACUAAAAGAACCAGAGGGCAAACAUCAGUAGAUAACCAGCAGUGUCUACUUCAGUGGCAUAGAGGCAGCUGCCUCCUUGCUCUGUCUGACAGUUGAGUUCAAUUCCCAGCUGAAACAGCACCUCUUUGUACCACCACCUCCACUAGGGCAGUAUAAUAGAGAGCAGUAGUUCUGAAGAAGAGGAGGCUUCUCCCCCAGCAUACAUUUUGCAAUGUCUAGAGACACUUUCAGUUGUCACAACUUGGGGGUUGUCCUAACUGGCUAUCACCAUCUAGUGAGUUGGGAUCAGGGAUGCUGCUAAACACCCUGUAAUACACAGGGCAGCCCCCACAACAAAGAAUUGUCUGGUCCAAAGCAUCAUAGUGCUGGGGCUGAGCAGCCCAAUGUAGGGGAAAGUGUGACACACCUAGUUUGCAAUUCCGAAGCUUCCAUCCACUCCCUCUCAGUGUGCCCUUCCUGCCUCAUCAGUCACUCCACCUCUUGGACUCUCAUGGAUAAUAAUGUGGACAACGAUCAUAAUGUGGACUUUUGUGCAUCGUAUAAAAACUGAUUCAAUUCAUAUACUCAGGGCUUAAUAUGUGCUGUGUGCACCAAGUACCCUCGAUACCUAUGAACUCCCUUUUUGCUUUCCACGUGAACAUUUACUAGCACCUACUCUGGGGGGAAGUGCAUUAGUCUGGCUGGUUUUCAUUAUAACAACAGAAAAACAGCUUGCAAAAUAUAAGCCAAAGGGGCCAUUAGUUUACUCUGAGAGUCGCAUAAAUCGUUGAAUUACCAGUCAUCAGAAUAAUGGCCCCCUGCCAGAAGAUAUCCACGUCCUAAUCUCUGGAACCUGUGACUAUGACCUCACAUGGCAAAGAAAAGGACUUUGCAGCUGGAAUUAAGGAUCUUGAGAUGGGGAGUUUAUCUUCGAUUAUCUGGGUGAGCCCUAAAUGCAAUUGAGAGCAUCCUGAUGAGGGAGAGACAGAGGGAGUUUGAACACUGAGGAGGAGACAGCAAUGUGACCACAGAGGCAAAGAUGGAAGUGAUGUGGCCAUAAGUUAAAGAAUGCCAGGAGCACCCAGGAGCUGGAAGAAGCCAGGACAGCUCUCCCCAGAGCCUCCAGAGGGAGCAGAGGCCCACUGACACCUUGACUCUGCCCAGUGAUACGGAUUUCAGACUCCUGGCCUCAGAACGAUGAGACAAUAAAUUUCUGUUGUUCUAAAGCA